AUGGCUGAAGAUGAUUACAAUUUAAGUUUAAUCGAUGGUUAUGAAAGCUACAAUGAGAGCAACAGCUCUGACACUGAGCACUAUGCUGAGGCCAUUGUUCAACCAAAGGUACAAGCAAUGUCACCAGAAGAGAAACCAGUUUCUCAAGAGAAAUUAUCUCCCAUUCGAUUCAUCAAUGGUAAAGAUGGCAUGGCUACCUGUGAGAAAUGUGGAACUAUUGGAGUAAAGCAUGCAUUCUAUUCUAAAUCAAAACGAUUUUGUAGUCUGUCAUGUUCCCGAAGUUUUGCUACUGCCCAACGUGAAGGAAAACCUGCUGGAAAAGGUUCUGGCACAUUUGGUCAAAAGACUCAUAGUUCUUCAAAGAAGCAAAGUUCCGGUUCUAAAAGUUCACAGUCACAUCAUCGUACCUUCCCUACCUCCAUCAAUAGUAGCAAAAGUGAUCGGAUUUUUGAUUGGGGUCCCUACUUGAUGUCUUCUGGUACUGAAGCUGCUCCUGUUAGUUGCUUUAAACAUGUUGCUAUGAGUGAAGGAUGGGAUAACAUCACCGUUGGUAUGAAAGUUGAAGUUCCUAAUUAUGAUACAGAUCUGACAAAUGUAUUUUGGAUAGCUACAGUCACAAGGAUUGCUGGUUAUAAGGCUCUCAUGCGAUAUGAAGGUUUUGGGAAUGAUUCCUCUAAGGACUUCUGGAUCAACCUUUGCACUCGAGAUGUUCAUCCAGUCGGCUGGUGUGCCACCAUUGGCAAACCGCUUGUACCCCCUGAGUCUAUUCAAUCUAAAUAUGCAGACUGGAAAGAAUUUUUGGUUAAGCGGCUUACCGGUGCGAGGACACUACCAAAUAACUUUUAUAAUCUGGUGUUGGAUUCGCUCAAUGAUCAUAAGUUCAAACGUGGGAUGCAUGUGGAAGUGGUCAACAAGAUGUGCGUUUCAUCCAUGCGGGUAGCAACCAUUGACGAAAUUGUUGGUGGACGCUUAAAACUCCAGUAUGAAGAUAGCAAUAUGGACAGUGAAGGAUGGACAGAUAGUGAGAGAUACCUGUACACUCGAAAGGACGAAUCAGACGAGUUUUGGUGUCAUGUCAAGUCUCCUCUCAUCCACCCGGUUGGCUGGUCACAGCAUGUUGGUCACAAACUCACUGCCUCAGCAGAGUACAAGAGUAAGUGUUUUACAAAGCUGGCAACCCAGAAAUAUGAUAGUGAUGACGGUACACCACAAAUGUUUGAAAAGGAAAAGGAGCCUCCUCCUGGAGCCAAAUUUCAAGUAGGCAUGAAGCUAGAAGCUAUAGAUCCUCUUAAUCUAUCAGCCAUCUGUGUUGCUUCUGUCAAUAAGGUGUUAAAAGAUAAUUUCCUCAUGAUUGGCAUUGAUGGAUCAUUAGCUCAGAAUGGUUCUGAUUGGUUUUGUUAUCAUGUUACAUCUCCUUGUAUUUUCCCAGUCAGUUUCUGUGAAGUCAACAACCUUGAACUUACCCCACCUCGAGGAUACAAGACACAAUUCCAGUGGUUUGAAUAUCUUAAACAAACUAAUUCAGUUGCAGCACCUGUCAAAUUAUUUGAUAAGGAAAUUCCAAAACACAAUUUUAAACUUGGCAUGAAACUGGAAGCUGUUGAUCUGAUGGAACCCAGGUUGAUUUGUGUUGGUACAGUAGCCAGAGUUGUUGGUCGACUUCUGCGGAUUCACUUUGAUGGCUGGGAAGAUGAAUAUGACCAAUGGGUGGACUGUGAAUCUCCUGAUCUUUACCCUGUUGGAUGGUGUGAGAUUGUCUCCUAUCCUAUUGAAGGACCCAGAAUAAAGGAAUCUCCAACUGUGAUGUUGCCUUCUUCUGUGGCCAAUCGGAAGAGAAGAGGGAAAGCACAAGUUUACAAAGGUCCUCGCAAAAAGAGAAAGCCCAAACUAGCCACACGCCCCCAAGCCCAGAAUGGGUCCAAGAAUAACAGUAGUAGUAAUAGUGGUGGUGGUAGUAGUGGAGGUAAAUCUUUACUGUCCAGUUCUUGUCCACCCCAUGUGCAAAUGUCUUCUGAGGCUGUGGCUGCUGCUUUACCACCUCUACUAGACAAUAGCAAUACAGACUCUUCUUUGGAGGCAUCUGACCUCAAAAUCAGAUCAGUAAAAUCUGAUGAAAUUGGUCAAGAAGCUGAGAGCAGCUUACAGUCUGACACACCACCUGCACUGAGUCCUCAUGCGCCAACCCCUUUGUCUGAAUCCCUACCAGCAUCUCAAGAUAUGGGUCCCAAAAUUGAAGUAAUCCCUGCCAGUAGUGCUAGAAACUCUGGUAUUCUUAAUGGGACUAAUAGCACCCCAACAACGUCAACUGGCUUCUUGAAGAUCAAAUCAGAACCUAGCACUGCUCUUCUCACUGCCAAAGACACCAACACCAACUCUAAGAAUGUCACCAUUACUACACCAAGUACGGUGGCAGGUCUUUUGACACUAGCAUCCCAAUCACCUGACCUAGCUCUUGGAGGUCAGCUCCAGACUGUCAUCACCCCUAGCAGCACUCCUAUUACAACGACGACAGCAGCAGCAGCAUCCCACAUUCCUUGCAUCAUUAUGCAGGACAGAGAGAAAGAUACUUUGUCUCUGACGGCCAAACAACAGACAAUCAUUCCGGAGAUGUGGACAGUCAACGAUGUCUGCCAAUUCUUACGCAUCAAUGACUGCGGUUCCCACUGUGACAUCUUCAGUAAAAAGGGUAUUGACGGCAAGAAAUUGAUGAGCCUGACCCGAGAACAGAUUGUCAACACCACCGGGAUGAAGUUUGGUCCUUCCCUGAAAAUUUAUGAACUCAUUCAACAACUUCGGCAUCGCGUAGUGGAGCAAAGUCACUUGACUCAGAAGCAGGGGGCUCCAUCCUGA